AUGCAAAAGGUCAUAAAAGCAAAGAGUAGUGGGUUAAAAUUUGAGGUUGGAUGGAAUGAGAGUGGUCAGCCCAUCGACCCCAACAGCUCCAUGUUUGUAAGUUACAUUGUGGCUGUUGUUCGUCAAAAUAUCCCCAUUACAAUCGAUGACUGGAGAGAUAAGACGUUGAAGGAUGCAAAAGAGAUAUUGUGGAAUGAUAUACAGACUUCUUUUGUUCUUGAUGAGGUGAGAAAGAAUUACAUCUUGAGAGUUGUCGGGAAAAUACACCGGGGUUUUAGAUCUCACCUCUCAAACUUCUAUCUAAAAGAUAGUGAGGGAAAUAUGAAUGCAAAAGCUCCAAGAAUAUAUAAACAUUAUAUAUCAAAUGAAGAAUGGAGUGCAUUUGUAUCAAAAUGUUCCGACCCCGCGUUUGUAAAUAUAAGUAAGGCAAAUCGCGAGAGGGCAAGAAAUUCUAUGCACCCAUACAAAAAAUCACGAAGCUCGUGUAAAUAA